AGCUCAAUUGACGGAGGUAGAUUUGUGUUUGUCUCACUCGGCUGUUUUUAUGGUUCACUUCGGGAAUUUCAUGCUUGACUUUACCUUUUUUCCACUUUGGACUCUCGCCGUAUGUUUGAGUACGGCUGUCUGGACACCCAUUGAAGGUCAGCCUCGUGUGAUCGGGUCACUUCAGCCAAUCAUCGCUGCUCCGGGUGAUGACGUCAUCCUGCCGUGCCACCUGGAUCCUGCUUACAAUGUGGAGGAUCUGACGGUGGAGUGGUCGAAGCCAGAUCUCAAGCCCGACCCCUCUGAUCGUCUGAGCCGGGUCGACUACGUGCACGUUUACAGGGACGGACGUGAAAACCUGGACAUGAAGCUCCAGUCGUACUUCGGCAGGACGAUGCUGUUCACAGACGAACUGAAACGUGGAAACAUUUCUCUGAAGAUCACCAACGUGACGCCGGCUGAUGGAGGGAGAUACAGAUGUUUCAUCCCCAAGUUAAACAGCCAAGUGAAGGAGUCGAUUAUUCUACUUAUUGUUGAUCCACACUUUGCUAAAUCCUCGACGACAGAGACGCCGCUGCUUCCCACAAAUGUCCAAACUCCUGAUCCAAAGGAGGAGAUGGAUGUUAAAGGUGGUCGAUCCCAUCUGGGAUUUUGGAUCCCAGCUGUGGCUUUCUGCAUCUUACUUGCCCUGGGUGUUGGAGUUGGUGCUGGAUGUGUGUUUAAACAGAAGUUUCACAAAGUAAAUGUGAUGGAGAAGGAAAGCAAACAACUUGUCCCAGUAUGAUGUCACUCCAGACGAGCCACUUCCAGCCAAGGUGUCUUCCUAAAGAGCUUGUUAGUAUUUGAUGUUAACGGAGAUGAGAGCGUUUUGCACUUCUCCCCCUCUUGGAUCUUCCUCAUCAGUUUAGGGAUUCAGACCAGCAUCACCUCCAGCCACAAGUGGUUCCACUGGAUCAGCAGGAGGGAGCUCUUCAUGAUGGACACAGAUUACCAUCAGAAGGAACAUUAACAAUGUUGAAGGAGACUUUUUAAACCAGCGACAGAGACAAUAAACUGAUUAGUAAAGUGUUUACUGAGGGAAUAAAUCAUUUGAGAAGUA